CAAAAAAACACAGAAACAGAUGACUGAUCAACUGUGAAAGGACAGCAAAAUCCCAGACAGCUGCAUCCUUGGUAAAAUUUAGAAUAACAAAAGAAAACAUUCACUACAGCUAAGAAAAAUAUGGACAAUAGUAAGCAAACUGUUGUUGUAACAGGGUUUGAGCCAUUUGGAGAGCACACUAUUAAUGCCAGUUGGGUAGCAGUCCAGGAACUGAAGAAGCUGGGCCUGGGAAAGGACAUAGACCUGCAUGUGUAUGAGGUGCCUGUCGACUACCAGGCAGUCCAGAGUUUGAUUCCAUCACUAUGGAAGCAGUAUCAUCCCCAGUUAGUGGUCCAUGUUGGAGUCUCAGGUAUGGCCACCACCGUUACCUUGGAGAAAUGUGGCCGUAACCAUGGCUACAAGGGUCUGGACAACAGCCGCUUCUGUCCCCAUUCUCAGUGUUGCAUUGAGGGGGGCCCAGACUGCAUUGACUCUGUUAUUGACAUGGAAUCGGUCUGCAAAAGAGUGACAGCCUCUGGACUAGGAGUAGCAGUGUCCGUCUCAAAAGAUGCUGGCAGAUACCUCUGUGACUUCACCUACUACACCUCUCUGUACCUGAGCCAUGGGCACUCAGCAUUCGUCCACGUGCCUCCCAUAGAGAAGCCUUAUAGUGGAGUGGACUUGGGUAGGGCCCUCCAAGCCAUCAUACAAGAGAUGUUGGACAUGCUCGACCAAACCGAAGAGAAGAUCCACUGCCAGCGUGUGCACUAAUUUACCUGUGAAAGCCAACUGCCUUUAAUCCCUUACACACGAGAGAUUAUGCACUUAACCACAAAUAGCCAAACAACGUUUUUGUUUCAGCACCUCUUCUGGUGCAAAUUCAAAAAUGGCGACCAUACAGACACUUCCAGUUGACUUAUUUCACAGCCAUUUCGUCACAUUCUUCGUAGCUGUUUCCUCAAGCUCUUGACCGAGCCCGUUUUUUUACAUUUUUUAUCUUAAUGGUUAUGGUGAGGUGAGUAAAGCUGGUUCGGUGUUUUGGUGUAACGAGCUUUCCCCACAUUCUGUCUACAUAGAAGAGAUUGAGCAAGACGAAUUGAACUGGAAUAACAGGAAUUGACAGAAGUGAGCCACAUGCUUGUUCUACGAGCGCUACUCUUUUUGAAUCUGUUGAGAAUCUUCCAUGGUUUUGACUCUUUAUCCAUACUUACACUGCUAUCUCAGAAACAGGGUUAGUGUAUGGAAUAGCCCUUUUUUGCAUCAACUCAAUGUACAAGUUCCACAUUUAUUUAUUGGUAUCUAUCUAGUUAUUUAAAGGGAAUUUCUGUCUGGUUGUUAUUCAUCAUCUUGAAGAGUUAUUUUUGUCACCAGCUUUUUCAUUAAAGUCUUAGGCGUCCACUUGUUGGUGCAACUUAAGGCAUGCUGGUACUUCCUGGAUUUGAUGUAUAUGAAAUGCCCGGCCUUUUCCUCUCCACUCGCCAACAAAACCAGCGACCUACGACUUCUGAUAAGGAUAAAAAAGGACUUCUCGCUCUCACCUCUGAUUUCUUUUUUAUGCUGUGGGUCUAGCCAGCUUCCAGGUCUACAGGGCUGAUCGCGUCUCCAAAGGAGGUGGUUUGUGUUUCAACGUCACCCAAGGCUGGUUCAAUGAUGACACUUCUAAGUCUCCAGAUCUGGAAUCUAUUUUCAUCCACUGCAAACCUUUUUAUUCACCCCGUGAAUUUUCUUGUCAUUCUGGCUGCAGUCUACAUCGCUCCAAGCACCUGUGCACACACAGAGCAACAUCUACUGGCUGAUCAUUUACAUUUACAUUUAAGUCAUUUAGCAGAAUGACUUAAAUGUGAUCAGAUCACAGAGGUGGAUAGAAAAUACCCAGAUUCUACUUUGACCAUCAAGGGGGAUUUUAACCACACCAGCCUACAACAGGAACUUCCCAGAUACAAACAAUUGGUGAAAUGUUCAAGUCAAGAAGAAAUUCUGGACCAUGUUUACAGCACUAUUAAAGGGGCAUACCCUGCUGUCUCCCAUGCUCCCUAAGGGAACUCAGACCAUGUGAUGCUACACCUCAUCCCUGCAUACAGACAGAAACUAAAAACUGCCAAGCCUGUCAAACAUGCGGAAAUAGACUGACGAGGCCAUUGGGGAGUGAAAGCACUGCCUAGACACCACAGAUUGAAACAUAUUCAAGGACAGCAAUGCCAACAUACACGACUACACAGACAGAUUCACAUCCUACAUCAGUGUAUGUGAGGAGAACUACAUACCAUCAAAUACUUUUCUAUCACACCUCAACGUCAAGCCAUGGGUCACUGGUGAGCUUAGGGCUCUCCACAGUGCCGAAGAGCAAGACCAGGGUACUCUAUAGAGGUCAAGAAAAAGCUACUCUCAAGAAUGAAGGCAGCCAAACAGCAGUACAAAGACAGGCUAGAGCAACUUCUCGUCUGUCUGGAAAGGACUGAAACAAAUUUCCAACUGGAAACCUAAAGCUACAAACCCUAACCCCUCACUGCUGAAUAAACUAAACUAGUUCUACUGCAGAUUUGACACACGUUCCACCUACCCCUCCUUGCCACUUCCCCCUCUCACCCAUCUACCCCAUCCCACCCCUCCCUUCCCCAUUCCUCUCCAGGCUCCUCUCUCCUCUACUUAAUACUUAAGUCUAUUGACGCACACGUGCAUCAACCUAAGUAAUACAAUUGAAAAAAUCAUCAAAAUCCCCAAUUUUUUACAUGGGUUACGUCUUAAUCCACCGCAUCCGCCUAUGGCGGCCUUACCGCAUCUGCGGUGGAAGGUAACAGAGCUAGAGCUGUCAGACCAUGAGACAUCCUGAAAAAUCUGGCUUCUCACGAAAACGUCUGUAGCGUCCGAACGGUUUGGCCUACAAACUAUAAUAACCACUCAAUGGAAAGGGGAGACUCUCACAAACACAAUGGUAUUCUCCCGUGUCACGGGACUUAUCUUAAGAUACUUCCAUUAAUUUGUAUGGGUUAUGGGAGUAGUUUUGUGCCAACAUAAAUAAGGGGUUAAAUAUGUAUCCGACCUUCAAAACCUUAUGAUUUAUUUUCGGACAUUUUUUGUUGUUGCCAUUUAUAAAUGUUUAUUCAAUGCGUUUCUAUGGGAUAUAGUAGUAAUGGCCAAGUUCAAUAUUUUAUCAACACAUGUUUUAUUUUUAAAAUGUUUACACCUAAAGGUGUGCUAAAAUUCCAAAUCAAAUAGCUAAAUGAUCCAUGGUAUGACCAUCUUAAAACAAUUCCACAUGUUAUGUCAGCUUAGUAACCCUCCCCUCAAAUGGUUUAGAUAUUUAGAGGUUUAAAGCACUGAGCGGACCAGCUCUCCCGUUUUCACUGACCAUAUUCAACCAGUCAUUAGAGCAAUGCACUGUUCCUGCCUGUUUCAAAUCUUCCAUCAUUGUUACAGUCCCCAAAAAAACUAAAGGUGUCCUGCCUGAACUUUUACAGACCUGCAGUGCUCUCCUCGGUCAUCAUGAAAACCUUUCAGCACCUGGUACUGUCCCAUCUCAAAACCAUCCCUGACGCCUCCCUCAACCGACUGCAGUUUGCCUACAGAGCUAACAGGUCUGUGGACGACACUGUCGAAAUGGGCCUACACUACAUCCUCAAAAGUAAUCGAUAACCCAUACACAUAUACAAGGACAUUGUUUGUGGACUUUAGUUCCUUUUUUCAUUACAUCAUCUCAGAACUGCUACAAGACAAACUGUCCUAGCUGAACGUGUCCAGCUCCAUCUGUCAGUGGACUACUGACUUCCUAACCAGCAGGACGCAACACCUGAUGCUGGGAAAACACCUCUCUGACUUUUUAUCCCUCAGCACCGGAGUGCCGCAAGGAUGCGUGCUCUCACCUGUACUCUACUAACUCUGCACCUCUAACAACGCAUCUGUCAAACUACUCAAGUUUGCAGAUAACACCACUCUGGUCGUUCUCAUCACCGACGAUGAUGAGUACAUGUACCGUGGAGAGGUCAACCAACUAGUGGCCUGGUGCAGUCGCAAUAACCUGGAACUCAACAGACAAAACCGUGGAAAUGGUGGUUGACUUAAGAAAACGCCCCCCACCAUCUCUCCCCCUCGAGAUUGUUGGUUCAGCUGUUAGCACGGCUGAAUCAUUCAAAUUCCUGGGGACCAUCAUCUCCCACAACCUCAAAUUGGAGGCCAACAUCACAGAGGUCACCAAGAAGGCACACCAGUGGAUGUACUACUUGCGGCAGCUUAACACUAAAUCUCCCAGGCAAUCCUUAUCCGGUUUUAAGCAUCAAUCGUUGAGUCCAUCCUUCAUCUCCAUCACUGUCUGGUUUGGGUCUGCCCACUGCAAGGGCAAACUGCAACACAUGAUCAAAAUGUCUUGCCACCUGAAUAGUUACUUCGCCCAGGCUGUGGCCCUCACCAACCGGCCAUCUGGCCCAUAGAGACUAAAGCACUAUGGCCUGAUGCGGUGUGCAGCAUAGAGUGCAUCUCUGAUACAAAAUAACUGCAUUUCACUCUGUCCAUCUCUCUGCAUUUAGAUAGAUUUAUACUGUAAAUGUGUACAUCCACUGUAUAUCAAUCAUAUACCCACUGUACAUUUGUAUAUCUGCUCAUUCUCUAUGUUCACUUUACCUAGUUGUAUAUAAUGUGUGUAAACUUCGUUGUCUGUAUUCUAUCUCUAAAUGUUGUCAUCACUAGCAGCUGGCACCAUAUCACCAAGUACAACUGAGUAUUUGUAAAUGUACUUAGUGAAUAAAGGUGAUUCUGAUGGUGCUUUCAUAAGGUGUUUAGCUGGAUUUAUAUGUUGUAUAGAAAUUUUCAGAAUGUACCUGAAAAUGUUCUCUUACUUGCAAAAGCCAAAUGUUGCUCGUUUACAUGGAGUUCUUAUUGUUUCUUGAGUCUUUUUAUAAGAAGUUGUAGUUGUGCCUUCUUUUACUAAGGUUAUUUAUAUCAGGGAACGGUUUGGUUCUAUCUCAUAUUUUCAAGUUUGUGGGCCCAACUUUGAUUGAUAACUGUAUGGCAGAUAUGUGUUCAAUGAACUUCAUCAGAUCAGUAUGCUUAUUCCAGCCGAGGAUUUCAUUUGAUGAAGUGGGCAGGUAGGCAGCCAGGUGAGAAUUGGACCCAGUUCUUGCAUUUCUGUAGCACUUUCAUUUUUACUUUAUUGACCGAAUCGUUUUGGAUGUUUCAGCUUUAUGAACGUCAAUGAGCUGGUUUACUUUUGUUCUUGUAUUUUUGUCAUAACACAGUAUUUGUUUUCAGUUGUCUCCCAUUACGGGUUUUUCCCGUGUUGUAUCUAUAUUUUAAAAGACAUGUCAUACCUCUCGUGGUACAACCACAUAAUACCGUACAGUAACUGAUCCAGAUGAAUUGUAUCUUCUUCCCAGAACAACUAUCAUAUGCAAUUUUGUUGCCUAGAAUAUGUUUUGUGUUUACUGGGUAUUUGAGUGUUCAUGGACUGUAUUCAUGGAGAUUCGUGUUUGUGUGUUGUUUAUGUGUUCCUUCACACUGUCACAUACUGGUUAUUACAAAUGUGAUUAAAAUGUGACUAUACUCACAGAUGUGAAAACCUAUGUCCCUAAAUGCUUGUUGAGUUGACCAAUUUCCUUUGAGAUACUCUUCUGACCUGUGCCAUAUGUAAUAAUGGAAAGGGCUGUAGAAUAUUCACUAGGUUACUAUUUAGAAAUAAACUUCCUACAUACAUCGAUACCAGUAUGCCUAACAUCUAUACCAACCUAUAGAUGCUCCUCUGUCUCAAUGUGUAGGCCUAUUGUUCUUAGAUGUAUAUCAAAUUCCUCUGUAUUUUCCCGGAUUUCUAUUUAGUGGUUGGUUUUGUAAACAAAAAUAAACAUUGAAAAAGAUUACCCUCAUUAACAA